CCCGCCAACGUAGAUCAUGUAGAUGUGACAGAGCAAACUCAGACCAGUGUAACUCUGCAGUGGAACAAGCCAGCAAAUGGAGUCUCCAGUUAUCUGCUGAACUUUGGCGAAAAAGAAGAGAUUCACAUUAAUGCAUCAGAAGGGGUAACAGAUAUACACACAGUCUCACCUCUCACUGCUGGGACACAAUAUGGGUUCACUCUCUUCACUGUGUUUGAAGGCGUCAGGAGUACUGGAUUCAACUAUACUGCUGCCACUGGUAAGAUGCAUGACUUGAUUUGAAAUCUAUGUGUAAAGAUGUUUUAACAAAACCUGCAUGUAUGCUGUAGUGUCAAAGUUUAAAACAGAAUUCAACAAUGCGGUAUAGUUUUGCAUGGAUUUCAUGUAUUUUACAAAUUAACGAGUGGGUGACACAUGAUGUACUAAUGUAGUCAGUCCUGAAGUGCAUUCUUGUUAGAAGGGUCAUAUUUGAUUUGCCUCUCUACUGUUUCAGCUCCCCGCAACGUAGCUGAUGUCAAAGUGACAAGGCAAACUGAGACCAGUCUAACUCUUCAAUGGAAGAAGGUGGAGGGGGAAGGGAUCACUUAUGUGCUGCAGUUCAACAAUGGGACUAAUACUACCAUCCCUGUAUCUGAUACAAGUGAAACAGUGACAUACACAGUCUCAUCUCUCGAUGCUGGGACAAAAUACAACUUCUCUAUAUUCACUGUGUUUGAAAAAUUACCAAGCAAUGGAUACAAUGUGCUCACAAUCACCCGUGAGUCUCUUUAAAAUGGAUUCUGUGUUAUUUCUUGCAUCCUUUAAUGAGUUCACAUGUCAAUAUGUUAGUAAUGACAUCAUAGAAAAUAUUGAAUCUAUACUUUCUUAAAUGUACAAAGUGAGUGACAUUAGUUGUGAAUACAUUGUGAAUGCAUUGUGAAGGCAUUAAUUUACAUUAUCUUCCUGUUUUUCUAUCUUAGGUCCCAUCAGUGUAGAUCGUGUCAAUGUGACAAGGCAAACUGAGACCAGUCUAACUCUUCAAUGGAAGAAGGUGGAGGGGGAAGGGAUCACUUAUGUGCUGCAGUUCAACAAUGGGACUAAUAAUACCAUCCCUGUAUCUGAUACAAGUGAAACAGUGACAUACACAGUCUCAUCUCUCGAUGCUGGGACAAAAUACAACUUCUCUAUCUUCACUGUGUUUGAAAAAUUACCAAGCAAUGGAUACAAUGUGCUCACAAUCACCCGUGAGUCUCUUUAAAAUGGAUUCUGUGUUAUUUCUUGCAUCCUUUAAUGAGUUCACAUGUCAAUAUGUUAGUAAUGACAUCAUAGAAAAUAUUGAAUCUAUACUUUCUUAAAUGUACAAAGUGAGUGACAUUAGUUGUGAAUACAUUGUGAAUGCCUUGUGAAGGCAUUAAUUUACAUUAUCUUCCUGUUUUUCUAUCUUAGGUCCCCUCAGUGUAGAUCGUGUAAAUGUGACAAGGCAAACUGAGACCAGUCUAACUCUUCAAUGGAAGAAGGUGGAGGGGGAAGGGAUCACUUAUGUGCUGCAGUUCAACAAUGGGACUAAUAAUACCAUCCCUGUAUCUGAUACAAGUGAAACAGUGACAUACACAGUCUCAUCUCUCGAUGCUGGGACAAAAUACAACUUCUCUAUCUUCACUGUGUUUGAAAAAUUACCAAGCAAUGGAUACAAUGUGCUCACAAUCACCCGUGAGUCUCUUUAAAAUGGAUUCUGUGUUAUUUCUUGCAUCCUUUAAUGAGUCCAUAUGUCAAUAUGUUAGUAAUGACAUCAUAGAUAAUAUUGAAUCUAUACUUUCUUAAAUGUACAAAGUGAGUGACAUUAGUUGUGAAUACAUUGUGAAUGCAUUGUGAAGGCAUUAAUUUACAUUAUCUUCCUGUUUUUCUAUCUUAGGUCCCAUCAGUGUAGAUCGUGUCAAUGUGACAAGGCAAACUGAGACCAGUCUAACUCUUCAAUGGAAGAAGGUGGAGGGGGAAGGGAUCACUUAUGUGCUGCAGUUCAACAAUGGGACUAAUAAUACCAUCCCUGUAUCUGAUACAAGUGAAACAGUGACAUACACAGUCUCAUCUCUCGAUGCUGGGACAAAAUACAACUUCUCUAUCUUCACUGUGUUUGAAAAAUUACCAAGCAAUGGAUACAAUGUGCUCACAAUCACCCGUGAGUCUCUUUAAAAUGGAUUCUGUGUUAUUUCUUGCAUCCUUUAAUGAGUUCACAUGUCAAUAUGUUAGUAAUGACAUCAUAGAAAAUAUUGAAUCUAUACUUUCUUAAAUGUACAAAGUGAGUGACAUUAGUUGUGAAUACAUUGUGAAUGCAUUGUGAAGGCAUUAAUUUACAUUAUCUUCCUGUUUUUCUAUCUUAGGUCCCCUCAGUGUAGAUCGUGUAAAUGUGACAAGGCAAACUGAGACCAGUCUAACUCUUCAAUGGAAGAAGGUGGAGGGGGAAGGGAUCACUUAUGUGCUGCAGUUCAACAAUGGGACUAAUAAUACCAUCCCUGUAUCUGAUACAAGUGAAACAGUGACAUACACAGUCUCAUCUCUCGAUGCUGGGACAAAAUACAACUUCUCUAUCUUCACUGUGUUUGAAAAAUUACCAAGCAAUGGAUACAAUGUGCUCACAAUCACCCGUGAGUCUCUUUAAAAUGGAUUCUGUGUUAUUUCUUGCAUCCUUUAAUGAGUCCAUAUGUCAAUAUGUUAGUAAUGACAUCAUAGAUAAUAUUGAAUCUAUACUUUCUUAAAUGUACAAAGUGAGUGACAUUAGUUGUGAAUACAUUUUGAAUGCAUUGUGAAGGCAUUAAUUUACAUUAUCUUCCUGUUUUUCUAUCUUAGGUCCCCUCAGUGUAGAUCGUGUCAAUGUGACAAGGCAAACUGAGACCAGUCUAACUCUUCAAUGGAAGAAGGUGGAGGGGGAAGGGAUCACUUAUGUGCUGCAGUUCAACAAUGGGACUAAUACUACCAUCCCUGUAUCUGAUACAAGUGAAACAGUGACAUACACAGUCUCAUCUCUCGAUGCUGGGACAAAAUACAACUUCUCUAUCUUCACUGUGUUUGAAAAAUUACCAAGCAAUGGAUACAAUGUGCUCACAAUCACCCGUGAGUCUCUUUAAAAUGGAUUCUGUGUUAUUUCUUGCAUCCUUUAAUGAGUCCAUAUGUCAAUAUGUUAGUAAUGACAUCAUAGAUAAAUUGAAUCUAUACUUUCUUAAAUGUACAAAGUGAGUGACAUUAGUUGUGAAUACAUUGUGAAUGCAUUGUGAAGGCAUUAAUUUACAUUAUCUUCCUGUUUUUCUAUCUUAGGUCCCCUCAGUGUAGAUCGUGUCAAUGUGGACAAGGCAAACUGAGACCAGUCUAACUCUUCAAUGGAAGAAGGUGGAGGGGGAAGGGAUCACUUAUGUGCUGCAGUUCAACAAUGGGACUAAUACUACCAUCCCUGUAUCUGAUACAAGUGAAACAGUGACAUACACAGUCUCAUCUCUCGAUGCUGGGACAAAAUACAACUUCUCUAUCUUCACUGUGUUUGAAAAAUUACCAAGCAAUGGAUACAAUGUGCUCACAAUCACCCGUGAGUCUCUUUAAAAUGGAUUCUGUGUUAUUUCUUGCAUCCUUUAAUGAGUCCAUAUGUCAAUAUGUUAGUAAUGACAUCAUAGAUAAUAUUGAAUCUAUACUUUCUUAAAUGUACAAAGUGAGUGACAUUAGUUGUGAAUACAUUGUGAAUGCAUUGUGAAGGCAUUAAUUUACAUUAUCUUCCUGUUUUUCUAUCUUAGGUCCCCUCAGUGUAGAUCGUGUCAAUGUGACAAGGCAAAAUGAGACCAGUGUAACUCUGCAGUGGAACAAGGUGAAGGGAGAAGGGAUCACUUAUGAGCUGCAGUUCAGCAAUGGGACUAAUAAUACCAUCCCUGUAUCUGAUACAAGUGAAAUAGUGACACACACAGUCUCAUCUCUCGAUGCUGGGACAAAAUACAACUUCUCUAUCUUCACUGUGAUUGAAGAUAUCAGAAGUAUUGGAAGUAAAUUAUCUGCAGUCACUGGUAAGAUAUUUUUUGGGGGGUGGAUAUAAGAUUGUCCCUUACUAUUUUAAUUUCAUUCACUCUUGUGUGAUACAGUUAAAAUGGAUGUUGCUAUAACCUUCAUAAACCACAAUGUUUUUUCUUCUUCUCAGAAUUACACGUUAAAUAGUAGAUUUUUAUUCAUGCAAUAUAAUUGUGGAAUUGUCUAAUACUGAAGAGGUAUUGGGAUAAAAACCUGCAUGUGAUACAUGUUUCAAGAUUAGCCAUGUAUAGUCCGUCUUGAAACAGUGCAUUGAGUGUGUAUGAUUUAACGUUUCUUCUGUCUGUCUCUCUCUGUAUCAGCUCCCCUCAAUGUUGAGGCUGUCACUGCAACAGAGUCACACCGCACUGAGACCAGUGUAACUCUGGAGUGGAAAAGGCCGGCAUAUGGCGUCUCCAGUUAUGUGUUGCAGUUCACCGAUAAAGGACAGAUACCCAUUCCUAUAUUGGAAGAAACAGUGACACAUACUGUUCAACUUCUCGAUGUUGGGAAAAGAUAUGACUUCACCCUCUUCACCGUGUUUGAUGGCAUCUGGAGCAGUGGAGAAAGCAACUUCACAGUAACGAGUAAACAUCCUUUUUUCCCCCUUGAUUUCCAAUCAGGUGUUGUUUGUGACUACACUGAAUGUUAACAAUUACAUUUUUAUAUGUGUACUAUGGAGAAAGGAUUGAAGUAAUUUGAUACAUAAAACUUUAUUAAUCCUCAAAUGUGAAAGCUAUUAACAGAAUCCACUUGUUUUUUUCCCUACAGAAAUAAACUGUGCUGUUUUACCCUGGAACGUUACUACCUCAACUAUCGAGGCUAAAAUCCCUGGGUUGUUCACCAGUGCGACAGCAACUAAUGAAACUUACUCUGAAACCCAUGACAAUGCUGGUGAUGGCAAAGUGUUAUUCACUGACCUGUAUCCUGGCUCAAAUUAUACAGUGUCUCUUCAGUAUACAAAUUAUUCUAAAGACCUUAGGCAGUGUACACACACAGAGACUGUGGGUGAGUCACUUACUUUGUCAAGAACAUUGUGUUUAGUCCAUUAAAUACAAUUAUUUAAAAAAGUAUUUGAUCCCCUGCUGAUUUUGUACGUUUGCCCACUGACAAAGAAAUGAUCAGUCUAUAAUUUUAAUGGUAGGUUUAUUUGAACAGUGAGAGACAGAAUAACAACAAAAAAAUCAAGAAAAACGCAUGUCAAAAAUGUUAUGAAUUGAUUUGCAUUUUAAUGAGGGAAAUAAGUAUUUGACCCCUCUGCAAAACAUGACUUAGUACUUGGUGGCAAAACCCUUGUUGGCAAUCACAGAGGUCAGACGUUUCUUGUAGUUGGCCACCAGGUUUGCACACAUCUCAAGAGGGAUUUUGUUCCACUCCUCUUUGCAGAUCUUCUCCAAGUCAUUAAGGUUUCGAGGCUGACGUUUGGCAACUCGAACAUUCAGCUCCCUCCACAGAUUUUCUAUGGGAUUAAGGUCUGGAGACUGGCUAGGCCACUCCAGGACCUUAAUGUGCUUCUUCAUGAGCCACUCCUUUGUUGCGUUGGCCCUGUGUUUUGGGUCAUUGUCAUGCUGGAAUACCCAUCCACGACCCAUUUUCAAUGCCCUGGCUGAGGGAAGGAGGUUCUCACCCAAGAUUUUACGGUACAUGGCCCCGUCCAUCGUCCCUUUGAUGCGGUGAAGUUGUCCUGUCCCUUUAGCAGAAAAACACCCCCAAAGCAUAAUGUUUCCACCUCCAUGUUUGACGGUGGGGAUGGUGUUCUUGGGGUCAUCACCUUUAUGACUUGGAGAAGAUCUGCAAAGAGGAGUGGGACAAAAUCCCUCCUGAGAUGUGUGCAAACCUGGUGGCCAACUACAAGAAACGUCUGACCUCUGUGAUUGCCAACAAGGGUUUUGCCACCAAGUACUAAGUCAUGUUUUGCAGAGGGGUCAAAUACUUAUUUCCCUCAUUAAAAUGCAAAUCAAUUCAUAACAUUUUUGACAUGCGUUUUUCUAGAUUUUUUGGUUGUUAUUCUGUCUCUCACUGUUAAAAUAAACCUACCAUUAAAAUUAUAGACUGAUCAUUUCUUUGUCAGUGGGCAAAUGUACAAAAUCAGCAGGAGAUCAAAUACUUUUUUCCCUCACUGUAUAUUAUUAGCCUAGCAUUAUUGUAUAUGGGACACCUGUAGGAUAGUGACUUUAGCAGGCAGUUAAUGUUAUGUGACAUCUUCCUUUGUUUUAAUCAGUUCCCCCAGACCUAACAGGAAAAUGUGACUAUCUGUCCGGCGGCUACGCUUUCUCUCUGUCCUGGGAUGCGCCGGAGGGACUAUGGACCAGUGUGGAGGUGAAUGUAGCUGGGAAAAGCCCUCAGCAGGUGAAGGGAGAGCAGGUGAUGGAGGCUGAAAUCACUGGGGUUCAACCUGCCCAGACCUAUCAAGUGACUUUGGUCUCAAUCUCUGGGCCUCGCAGGAGUAUCAAGGCUUUCUCUUUCAGCUGUCAUACAGACCCAAGG